AUGAAUCGAGACAACGCCUUUGCAAAGAGACCCAGGGAUGGUGCUAAAACAUCAAAGAAGAGAAGCAAGCAUCCCUGGAGACAAGUCUGUGGCCAUGCACUACAUUUGGUGACUCUCACUCCAUUCUGCAAGGUGGGAAGAGAGCCAGCCAGCAGCAUUAAAGUCCUACUGUGCGGCAGGGGAGAAGCUAGGGAAGGUCCCCAUGACUUUGAUGAUAUUGCCAAAUACUUCUCUAAGAAAGAGUGGGAAAAGAUGAAAUUCUCGGAGAAAAUCAGCUGUGUGCAUAUGAAGAGAAAGUAUGAGGCCAUGACUAAACUAGGUUCCAAUGUCACCCUCCCACUUUUCAUGCGUAAUAAACAGGCCACAGACUUCCAGGGGAAUGAUUCUGAUGAUGACCGUAACCGUGGGAAUCAGGUUGAACGUCCUCAGACGACUUUCGGCAGGCUCCAGAGAAUCUUCCCAAAGAUCAUGCUCAAGAAGCUAGCAGAGGAAGGCAACCAUUCGAAGGGAGUGGCAGAAGCAUCUGGCCCACAGAACGAUGGGAAACAGCUGUGCCCCCCGGGAAAACCAAGUACCUCUGAGAAGAUUAACAAGAGAUCUGGAUCCAAAAGGGGGAAACAUGCCUGGACCCACAGACUGCGUGAGAGAAAGCAGCCGGUGAUUUAUGAAGAGAUCAGCGACCCUGAGGAAGAUGACGAGUAA